AUGUCGAACGGGACUCUAUCACUGGCUCAGCAAAUCCAGCAGCUCAACGAUGCUCGCAGGCAUGUGCUCGGGGACGUUAAGCUGUAUCCAGGCGUCGUGCGCGGGCUCAUCCCUAGCAUAGGAGCCUCGGCGCCCCUGGAGCUGCGGCGAUGGGGUGCCGACUUUUUGGCGGAAGCCUUUGCGACACCGGUGCUGCCCAACGGCGAAAAGGAGACCUUGGCGCCGUACGUCUUGGCGACCAUCGAGUCGCUGGUGCAGAAGCCGGACGAGGACCACUACGUCUUGCGCGGCGCAAUACAGACGGCUGCGAGCAUUUAUCCCCUGGCGCUUAGAUGGAUAAUUAACAACUCGUACGAUACGGUUACAUGGGAAAAAAUGAUGGCUAUAAAACAGAGAGUUUUACAGAUUUGGGACACGGCGACGCCGACGGUCAGAAUCUGCUGCAUCAAAUUCGCGCAGCGUGUAGUCCUGGCACAGACUGUGUCUUCCAUGGGAGAUCACAGAUAUGCUGGUGGUCUCGACAUCUCUCUAGAUAAGAUCCCCCCCAACCACCAAACACUUGACCCUCGCACGCUGGAGGCGGAAGCAUCCGGCUUACUGGACCGCAUGCUGAGUGUCUUGCAAGAAUCCAACGACGCCCUGGUUGUCGACGCGACACUCAAUUCUUUAUCCAUCUUAAUCAGAACCCGACCGGAGACAGCGAACCGCAUUGUCAAUGCCGUCUUUGCCUUUAACCCUCUAAACCUUGCGCCGUCGCCACUGACCCCUAGGAGCAAGGUCAUGAUUAGAUCGAUGGAAAAGACGGUACGAUCACUUCUGAUCAACUUGAGCAGAAGGGAUCCUCACAACCCUAUUGUGCCAAAAAUGCAGCAGCAUGUUGAGCGGAACAUGCGCAUGAUCGCAGAAGCCUUUGACAACAGUGGGAAGAAGCGACCGCUUGAUGCACCGCAGCACGAUGGGUAUGAUGCUAAGCGUCAACGUAUCACGACUGCCCAGAUCAAGAUCCCCCCUCUUGGACCGGGUCCUCACAGCCUUGCCGAUCUUUUUAGCCUUGUCAGCAACGAUGGGCUGAAGACGUUUGAUCUAUCACUUGUACCUCCCGCGAUGGUAUCGAAGCUAGCGGUGACAACCCUCGCAAGAUUAGAUCCACAACUUCUCGCCAAGGCCGUAGACGGCGUGCGUGAUAGACUUCAGACAGUUGCGAAUACCCCUGUAGCAGAACUGAACCCCAACACAGCGCCACUUGGUGUUGAUGACGACGACGACGACUACGAACCGGACUUCUACCAAGCUGAGGAUACCGAACAGAUCCUGAACAAGCUGGAUAGCGAGCAUUCUGGUCUCGACCCUAUCCAUCUCGAUGACAACCUGGCGCUCAGGUCAUUCAGCUUGGCCCAACCGCAGCAACUGACGCCGGAAAUGGCUCUCAGUGCCGGUGCCGGCACAGUCGAGAAGGUUGUGGACAUGAUGAAAUCCCUCGAGGACUCGUCAGGAAAAAAGGCCAAGGCUGGCUUUGUGCGCCUAGCCGCCAGCUCUGGUACGAAGGAUGCAUGGAUGACCAUCUUGACACGUCUUGCGACACGAUCAUCUGCUGGACUGGAUGAGGUUCUUGUCAAGGGCGAAGAUGAUGGCAACAUUUCGUCACAGUCGCUAUCAAACACCAUCCGCGAGGUUUUGUACAACUACAUUAUGGAAGACUUCCGCAGGCACAUUGACGUGGCAGUGUCAUGGCUUUGCGAAGAGUGGUACAAUGACCGACUACUGAGCAAAACAAACCGCGAGUAUCCCAAGUACUACGAGAAGUGCGCGUUGCGUCUUCUGGAUGGCUUCCUGCCGUAUGUGCACCAGCAAGACAAAGUCUUGACGCGAUUCCUUAGCGAGAUUCCCGAGUUAAAUCAGGAAAUGCUAUCUCGGGUGAAACGCAUGUGCCGCGAUCCGCUUGUGGUAAAACUUGCACUGACCAGUCUGCUUUACCUGGUUCUCAUGCGGCCACCAGUCAAAGAGCUGGCGUUGGACACUGUGCAAGAUAUAUGGACAGAGUUCGAAGAUGCGCGCACCAUGGCGGGCCAGUAUCUGUCGAAAUACCGACCAGGUUUCUUGGAGGCAGCGGCCGCCAGUAAGACGGAUGAAGGCUCAUCGACAGGUACAGCCAUUGCGGCGUAA